AUGGCAAGACUCUUUGCGCCCCUGCGCCGCGUCUGCACUCGAGCAUAUAGCAGCGGAACACUAGGUUCAAAGCCCUUCGUUUUUCAAGAGGGAGACAGAGUCAUUAUCAAUUCCAAAAACCCCGUCUUAACCAAACCGCUGAAGAAGGACGACCAGACAACAGUAGCCAAUGGCACCCUAAAACAUGACGAUAUUAUUGGAAAACAAUCCCGAGAUGCUGUAAGGACUACAAAAGGCUCCUUGUUAAGGGUAACCCAGCCCACACUUGAAGACUAUAUUGUCCUCUCUCCACGUCAUGUCACUCCUGUUUAUCCCGCAGACGCAAAUUUAAUAGUAUCGUACUUGGAUAUCCAUGCCGUGCCCUCGGCUAGCGAAGAGGAACGAGAUGAGCCUCUGGAGAUACUCGAAGCGGGAACGGGCCAUGGAUCAUUGACAUUGCACCUAGCCCGAGCUAUAAAUGCGGCAAACACCCGGCCACCCACCCGCCCCCGCCGCUCUCAAUGCCACAUUCUCGAGCAACCAGAAACCAAGAAAACUGGCAUAAAGAAGGAGAAGAGGGAAAGCGAGGUUCCGGCUGAGGAUGCGGAGAUCCAGCGGAAAUGGGAUGCGUGGUGUGCUCAGCGCAACGCCGUUGUCCAUACCGUAGAUGUAUCUCCCGUUUACUCCAAGCACGCUGAGAAUAUCGUCCGCGGAUUUCGCCGGGGAAUAUACGUAGGGAACGUCGACUUCUACGUUUCUAGAGUUGAACACUGGGUCAAGGAACAGGCAGCUCGCCGUUCAGCCAAAGAUGGGACUCUGGAUCCGUUCCUAUCACAUGUCAUCCUUGACAUGCCCUCUGCACACCUGCGAAUUCCCCAUGUCACCCCAGUCAUGAGAGAUGAUGCGGUUUUGCUCAUUUUCAUGCCGAAUGUAACACAGCUUGCAGAGUGCGUGGAUAUUAUACAAAGGCAGAAUUUGCCAUUUUUUCAGGAAAAGAUCGUCGAGUUGGGUACUGGAAUUAGCAACGGAAGGCUCUGGGAUAUCCGUAUAACCACGAAGAGAAAAAGGAGUAACUGCUUAGAGGAGGAAGAAAUGGCAAACGAACCUCCGCAUGAGAUGUCCGAAGAUCCCACUGAUGGUGCGGUAGAGGAGACUAUCAUCCCUGUCGCCCAAAGGGAUAAGAAAGGAGAGCAGGUGCUUGUUUGCAGACCCCAGGCUGGCAGAAGAAUAGCCGGUGGUGGUUUUGUGGGUGUAUGGCGAAAGAAAAAAAAAAAAAGAAACCUUAGGUAG